UCGGUCGCUUUUAUAUAACGCAUCAUCACCCGAGGUCCCCGACAGCCGACCAAAAAUAACAAGACGAGAAAAGAAACACACAAAUUACGUGGAGCGGGCUUUCUGAGCACGUAGAAGCUUCAGGCCUUGCGACGUCACUUGCGUGUGGCAUUUAUUCACAGCAUCACCUUGACUCAAUCCCACCCGAGUUCUCCACCGGUGCGCCCUCGAUGGCGUCGUCAAGAUCAGGCAACGCGCCGAGCGCGAGCCUCGAUUCUCUAGCGGAGGACCAGUAUUUCAGUGCGCACCCGACACCGGUGGACCUGGAAAAGCAUGUCGCCCAGGCCCAGGACUUCAUCAACCAUCAAUUGACGGCUGGCCGGCGGGUGGUUCUGGUCACGUCUGGAGGGACGAUAGCACCUUUGGAGAAGCAGAUGGUUCGAUUCAUUGAUAAUUUCAGUGCCGGUACGCGCGGAGCAAGGAGUGCGGAGCAUUUCCUCGAAGCCGGCUAUUCCGUGAUCUUCAUGCAUCGCCAAUUCAGUCUGCAGCCGUUCAGUUGUCGUUACAGCCAUACCACCGACUGCUUCUUGGACUACCUUGUCGAAGGCCCGAAUGGCAGCGUGGUUGUACGGAAGGACGACAGUGACAAGAUGCUGCAAGUCUUGAAGAAGUAUCGCGAGGUCAGGGAGAAGAACAUGCUGCUCUUCCUCCCUUUCGUCACCGUCAACGAUUAUCUGCACCUGUUGCGGGCAGUCGGCCGUGCGAUGCAGCCCCUGGGUACGGACGGGCUGCUAUAUCUCGCGGCCGCUGUUUCCGACUUCUUUGUGCCGCCAAGCCAGAUGUCAGAACACAAAAUCCAGAGUACAGACCACGCCAAACCCUCAGGGGCUACCACGACUGAAAACGAAGAAAAGAAGGGGAUCCCAGAUUACUUCACCUCCCCCGAAAACAUCACAUCCAACAAGCAACUCACCAUAUUCCUGGACGCGGUACCCAAAUUUCUUGCGAACCUCGUCCACACCUGGGCUCCGAGAUGCAUGAUAGUAUCAUUCAAACUGGAGACCGACCCGGAUCUGCUUCUAGAGAAGUCCAAGACGGCACUCUCUCGGUACCAGCAUGACCUGGUCAUUGGGAACCUCCUCACAACACGCAAAUGGGAGGUCGUCUUUAUUACCCCCGACGGGCAAGAAAAAUGGAUCCGUGCCCCCGCACAUAAAGAAGGCGAGACAGAGGAUCGGUCCCUGGACCGGAGCAAGCUCCCGGACGAACCGGCGGUGGAACUGGAGAGCUUGGUCGUCCCUGCUGUGAUCGAGCUGCAUACUCGGCAUAUCCAGCAGCACAGCACCUAGCGAAGUAUGUGCGAUGAUUCUAGCAAUGCUGGAGGUAUCGUCUGCCGGGUAAUUGUCAUGCUUAUGUACUGUAAAAUACACUUGGCUCGUAACUUUGUACUAUCUAAUGCUCCUCUAGUAAUUAGUAGUUUACCAGUUUCUAAUCUGUUUGUUUGACACUUGAUGUGUCUUAUCC